GGGAGAAACAGUGACUGCUGGCUCGCGGAUCAGUGCGUAUAGCAUUCUUUGACUUAGAGAAUUUUCAUCAACCAGCAGCAUUAUGCCGCGGUCAUUGAUGAGAGAAAACUACCGCCAUUGCCCACUGAAAAAGCGACCAGUAGUGGUGAUCAGAGAUGAACCAGACGACAAAGAAAUGGAAGUGAGCGAACCAGAAAACUUGAGCACCAAGCCACAGGACCUGAGCGUGCGGCGGGUCGAUUCACCAGUGUCACCUCCCCCGCUGGUGAUCUCAACAACGCCGUCACCGCCACCCCUGACGUCGCUGCCGCCGUCUCCGCUGUCGCUGCCUCCGAUGUACCUCCACAAGCCACCCAGCAGCGGCGUGCUGGAACCACUCAGCCUGAACACCCCUGUGCCCACCGAGCAGAUGAGCUGGCCGCCGAUUGCCCAGCCGAGACACCUCCACCACCAUCAGUUCUCGCACCACCAACACCAACACCUGCCCCACCAAACCAACUACUUACCCUACCCGUCAUUCGGGCCGGUGUUGAUCAGACGACCGCCGGUGAGCACCGUGCAACUCCCUCAGCAGGCGUUGUCGCGCCCGAGGUCGUUGUCGCCGACACUAGCGCAGCACCGGGUGUACUCGUCGUUCAUGCCCACCUACCCCGAAAGUACCGCCGAACUGAAUCUGCUGUCGCCGUCCAGCUCGUCUGCCUCGUCCGGCGAGAUCUUCGGCGUGGAGGACCUCAGUCGGCCGGCCAAGGGGACGGCGAACCAGAAGUUCAGCUGCCAAUCUUGCAGCAAGAGCUACUCGAGCUUCUCCGGCCUGAGCAAGCACCGCUCCCUGCACUGUCCGGCGUCGUCGGUGUCCCUCACCUCGGACGACGACAACGCCAACAACAACAACAUCAACGCGCCUCCCAAGUCAUUCAGCUGCAAGUACUGCGAGAAGACGUACGUGUCGCUGGGCGCGCUCAAGAUGCACAUCCGGACGCACACGCUGCCGUGCAAGUGCAAACUGUGCGGCAAGGCGUUCUCGCGGCCGUGGCUGCUGCAAGGACACAUCCGCACGCACACCGGCGAGAAGCCCUUCUCGUGCCAGCACUGCUGCAGGGCCUUCGCCGACAGGUCCAACCUCAGGGCGCACCUCCAGACGCAUUCGGACGUGAAAAAGUACUCGUGCCAGCACUGUAGCAAGACCUUCUCGCGCAUGUCGCUGCUCGGCAAGCACUUGGACGGCGGAUGUUCCGGCAUCAGCCAGCACAGCGUAGACUCCAUUAUCAUGCAGCAGCAGCAGCAGAUGCAGCUCGUGCACUGAUUCUCCGCCUCCUUGUAAAAAAUCCACCGCUCUGAGUACCUCCCUCUGGGUCGUCGCAAUUGGUCCGAAUUUUACCUGACGUGGAACUGCCCCAAAAGUAAUUCGCCCACUCCCCAGAAAGAAACUUAAUCAUGAUCUUAACCAUUUUUUUUAAUAAAAGGAACAUAUCACACAAGUAGAUAAUUUUAAAUGAUUUAUUUUUUUAUUUAUAGUUGUCAUUAGGACUCCGCGCCCUACUGACAACAGACAUACAUUCCAAAAAUAUGACAGAUUUUAAGAAUUCUUUACUCCUAAAUCAAGCUUGACAAUUCCACGAAAAUUCUCCAGGAUACAGUCAUUCGGGCUAAUUACGGGCCGACCCUCCUCAGCCGUGAAGCAGCAUUGCCAUAAUUAUUUAUUCAAUUUUUUGCUACAACGACUUUGGCGAAUUCACCUCAUGUGCCUUGUUGUAUACUUUGUCGGUAAUUCUUGCUUAAGUGCCAAGACCAAGUUGAGCCCGAGCUUUUCCUCUUUUUAAACUUAAUUUAUUACUUUACAUUCCUCUCACAAAAGCGCAAUGGAUUUAAUUUCGUUUAGUGUAGGAAUCCACCGAAUUGAAAGCAUAUUUAGUUGUAAUUUUUCCUAUUACAUAUAUUAUUUGGCUUUUCUUGCUCCUAGUCAUUGGCAUGCGUGCGUGCUGCCUGAAUGUAACCCAAUUACAUAUUUGCGGUAAACUUGUAUAUUCCGUGUGUAAUCCUUUUGUACUUUUCUAGUUCUGAUUCGAUGAAAAACAUGGUGUUAUUUUACAUAUAAUUUUUUAAAAAUAAAAACAAAAGAACCUGAAUAUAUUUUAGGUUAAAUUUUAACAA